AUGGAGCGUUACGAGUCUCUCGGUCUGGUCGGGGAGGGCAGUUAUGGCACCGUUCUCAAGUGCCGUCACAGAGACUCCGGUCGCCUCGUCGCCAUCAAGAAGUUCAUGGACUCCGACGAUGACAAGACGGUGAAGAAGAUCGCCCUGAGGGAGAUCAAGCUGCUGAAGCAACUCCGUCACGACAACCUGGUGAACCUCGUAGAAGUGUGGAAGCGUCGCCGGCGCUGGUAUCUGGUGUUUGAGUUUGUCGAGCGAACCCUUCUGGAUGAUCUGGAGCAAAACCCAAGCGGACUAGACCUGAACACCAGCCGGCAGUACCUGUACCAGAUCUUGAGGGCUGUGACCUUCUGCCACCAGCAAAAUAUCAUCCACCGAGACAUCAAACCAGAGAACAUACUCAUCUCUCAGGGGGGCGUGGUUAAGAUGUGUGACUUUGGUUUCGCCCGGACAAUGACAUCUCCUGCUGAGGGGGGCGUAUAUACCGACUACGUGGCGACUCGCUGGUACAGAGCCCCUGAACUGCUGGUGGGAGACACCAAAUAUGGAAAACCGGUUGAUGUGUGGGCUGUUGGUUGUUUGUUAUUAGAGAUGUUAACAGGUCAGCCUCUGUUUCCCGGAGACUCGGACCUCGACCAAAUUUACCACAUCGUCAGGUGCUUUGGUAACAUGACAGCUCAUCACCAGGAGAUGUUCUACAGGAAUCCCGUUUUUUCAGGAGUCAGACUGCCCGAAUGCUCUGGAAAAGUCCCACUGGAGCAGCGCUUCCCUACAAUCACACCCGCUGCCCUGGACCUGGCUCAGAGUUGUCUCCGGAUGGAUCCUGAGGAACGAGCUCAGUGUUCAGAACUGCUGGAACAUCCUCUUUUCACUCAAGACUCUUUCCACAUCAGAUUUUUGGAUGAGCUGAAUGUCAAGAUUCAGAAAGACCACAGAGAAAACUCAACUCUUCCCAAAAUAACCAAAACCCCAAGACGAGAAAGGGGAGAAGGGGAUGACAAGAACCGGAAAAGCAAGGACAAGUCACAACCUGAAGAUGUGAAUGACAAAGUCACCAAGGAAAGAGAAAGGAAGGAAGAAGACAAAAUGGAGAAGACAAAAGGAAAGCAACCUUUGAAGAUUUCGAAAACUAUUCGAAACCCCUCAGAACCUUCAGUGUCUGUCAAACAGUCUAAAACAUUAGGAAAAGGUAAACCAGGAAAGGCCACUGGUUUGGAUCUAAGAAAGGAACCUGAGAUUCCCAAAUCAACUAAAACCCUUAUCUCUGAUUCACUGGAGGCUACCAAGACUGCAACAGAUCUAAAGGAAGUUGCUUCUCCAGAGACAAAGGAGGUUAUUUUGAAAACUAGGGAUAGUGGUUUGUAUUCCAGUUACUCAGAAAACUUUGCAUCAGGCGUGACAUCCAAAUUGGAGCCAAGUCAAGAUUCUGGGAAGAGAUCGAACAACUUAAACACAAAAGUACCCCGAUUGUCUAAGAACUCAACCACUGACCAUCCAAAUAGGAGUUCAACACCAAAAGCUUCUUUAAAGUCAGAAAUUCAUCAUACAGAAGCCCACUUAACACAGAAAAUUGGUAAAAUUUCCACCACAGAGUACUCUAAAGGUGUCUUAACAGGUGUAACCUCUAAAACAUCAACCAGUGACCAAGUAGAGACGAGCUUAACACUUCAAAUGUCUCAAGAGUCAAGCAGUGACCACACUGAGGUCGCUGCCCCAUCCAUCCCUUCAUGCAAGACAUCUACGAUUUCAGCGCAACAGACCAGUUGUUCAACCAUGGACACAGAGCAAAAAAGGACCUCCGAAUGUCCAAAAGUCAUACCCUUAAACCUGAAGCCAUCUAAGACUACCUCAAACUUGGUCCCAAAAAUGACCAAAAACAGCACAACUUUGUCCAUAAGCAUUUCAAAGACCCUUUCCUCAGAUCUGUCAAGGCAGUCCUCAACAGUUUUUACAGAGGCAAGUCUUGCCCACAGCUCUACAACUCUGCCUAAAGGAACUUCAAAUUUAAAGUUGGCCAAAACUGGCUCAUUUUCAGAUUCCAAACCCAUAAAUUCACCAUGUGAACCCAACAAACCUUCGAGGAGCUUUCAAACUGAAAGGGAUUUCACAGAGGUAUCGAUUGCAGCCAAUGCUCAAUGCCCAAUUCUCAACCCAGCUGAAAACGACACUGAGAUAUCCAAAGCCUCUGUCGAAGCAAACAAGGAUAAUCCUGAAACUUCACAGCCCUCCAGUGUCCAUCUGCAGAGCACUUUGAAAUCCAAGAUCACCCCAGAAUCCCAAAUGACCUCAACAUCCAUGCCAAAUGAUGCACCUAAAACAGUCCCGUCAGGAGAGACCGCUAUUCCAACGAUACUGAAGGUCUCAGAUAAAGAGAACAGAGAGGAUUCAGCGCUUCCUGUGUCCAUUAGUGCAAGAACCAAAUCUUUUGUAAAUCAAACCUCAAAGGUUCCUGGAGUUUCAAAUAUUGAGCAGAAGAACAACAGCAGUGAAGCUGAGCCGAACAUAAAAUCCUUGAAGCCCCCUCAGUCCAAAUCUUUGACAGGCGAACCUAAAACAAAGCCUGGAUCUUUUAGCAACCAUAGCAAGUCUACAACAAUGACCCUAAAGUCUCAGAAAACAACAUUUCCUACAGAAGCAAGAAAGAAAAGAGACAGUCUCGAAAGGGACGGCACAACAAAUAUAUCUGCUUUUGCAGAUUCCACUUCAUUCACCUCAACAGCGACUCCAGACCACAAAGCUUCAACAAGAAGCUCCAUCUUUCACAACAUGGACACUGUAGACAUUAAUGACUUUGCGGCCAGUGUACUCCACUCCUCUCCACCGCCGCCUCCUCCUCCGCCCUCCUCCACUCCACAACUCCUCCCUCCAUCAUCCACUCCCCUUAUCCACCCAUUUUCCGUCCACGGCCCAGCCACCAGCGAUCACCUCUCCCUGGGGUCUUUCCAUCCUGGAGCCCACAGCCAUAGGUGUUCAGACAAACCCAGGCAUCACGGUGGCAUCUACAGUCGACUGUCCAGCCACAUUACCGGACCACUCUCUGCGCAGGUGUCAGAAAAGAGUCUGAUCUGCGAGCGCUCCUUGCUGUCUGAUCGCUGUAACCUUGGUAACAGCGGUGGCACCGCGACCAAAAAGAAACCGGACAUUCAUUUCCCAGAUCUGAGAGGUUCAGUGCUGCCAGAGCUCAAAGGAAGAGAAGGCAAACACAACAAAGGCACUUCGAAGGAUCAGAGGAAAGACAAACAGCCCGUUCCUCCAUCAGAGCCACAGCAACACGGACACAACAGCACUGAUACACAAACACCAUAAAAACACUUCAGACCUCUUCACUUUACUUUAAUAUCAACUUAAC